UCUCUAUAAAAUCAUCCUUCUGCCAUUUCGCCUCUUUUUGACUGUACUCACUCUUGUUUUUCUCUCACUUAACUCUCACCUACCAUUUCCUCCUCAAAUCUUUACCAUUAUCUUUCUCUCUCUCUCCUAUAUUUGCACUCAGUUUCUAGAUCAUCUCAUCACAUCUAUUCAGAUUUCUUCUUAUUCUGUAAUUUUUACUGGAUUUUUAUAAAUCUGUAGGUUUGGUACUUUCACAAACUUAGGGAUAGGGAAGAAACAGCAUGUUUUGGUUCCGCAAAGUCAUACCCUUGAACUUGUAUUGUAAGGUUAUCUUGUAAGGUGUCGGUCCUUCGAAUUUAGUCUUCAAUUUAUCAUCCACUGAUUGUUUUCCUUAUUAACCAUGGGAUCCAACCACUGCGCCGUUGUUCCUUGGUUCUGGUACAUUAUUAUCUAAAUCUAAGUAUAGUUUAAGAGUUAAACUAGUUUAGAACUUUUAGUAUCUUUGUCGCCGCCUCCUUCAUUGUCAACCUUUAGUUACCCUUCCACUACAAUAUUCCUUUAUUCUUGUUCGGUAAUUCAGCCUCUUUUGUUUCUUGAGAAUUCAUCUUUCCGUGUCGCUUUUAGUGGUCCUAGUAUCGUUUUCAAAUUAAGUUACUGUCCAAAAGGAUUUAGUAGUAGUUAUGGUGUGCCAAGGAUCAAGCCAGUCAAAAUUUCGGGCAUUGAAGCAUGAGAAUGGAAUUGCAGGAAAAUCAACCAUUAUAGUUAGAGUUAUAGCUUGUUUUCAACCUUUGCAGGAUUGCCAGGCUGAGUAUUUCCGUCAGUUGCUUAAACCCAUUACGUAGAUUGGCUGUACUUUAGGUGUUGUUUUGUUUUCUGCUGGAUAUUUUGGUUUUUUUUCUUCUGUUUUGUAAUCUUAAGGGAGAGGCUGAAUAUAUCAUAUCGAAGCAUCUAUAAUAUCGGUGUUUUUUUCAGUUUAAUGGUCGAGCUGAGCGGCUCUUGGGUUCACCAUCAACAUUCCCCUUGGGAAGCAUCUGCAUACAGGAACUGCAUGAUUGCUCCUGUCGAACACAGGCAACACGAGUCUUUGCCUGUUGCUAUAAACCCUUGCAGGGUGUCUGCUAAUUUGGGUUCGAAUGGGUUCGAUUUUUCUGGCUUGCCCGAAAGAGGCCUUACGAAUGUAAGUAAUGGCCUAAUACAAAAAUCUGUUCCCCAAUUACAGACCCCAUUUACUCAAAAUCAAGGUCACAAAGAACAGAUUUCUCUGUUCCCUGCUAGAAUUAGUGAGAAACCAUCAUGUGAAGUACCUUCUGCUCAGCAGAAAAAGUUUCUCAUCUUUGAUCGGUCAGGAAAUGAAACGAGGCUAGUUUUUAGUUCUCUUUGUCCUCGGGUGGAGAAUCUAUCAACUCCACCAACUAUUUGUCCUGCUUGGAAUCUUCCUCGAGAAGAGUCAUUUGGUGCAUACCAUCAAUAUCUUGCUGAAAAACAAGGAAGAAUAGUGGAACAAGCUUGGACUAAGACACCUGCUCUCUGUGAAGAGUCAGGUGAGAAUGAAAUUAUCGAUGAUGUCAGUGAAAUGCGUGAAGACACGGAAGAAAUUAAUGCCUUGCUUUAUUCCGAGGAUGAGGAUGAUGAUGAUGAUGAUGAUGAUAGCUUCGAUGAUAAUGAUAAGGACGACGAUGAAGUGAGCAGUGGUCACUCUCCAUUGGCCAACGAGCAGGAUUGUGAGAAGCAAGAAGAACAAGGAAAUGAAAAAGGUUUUGAUAAUGAAGUGGCUAGUUUAGAAAGAUGUUCAAAAAGACAGAAAGCCCUUCAUGGUGGGUGUAACAUACUAUACCAAAGUCCAUCAUAUGAAGAUAUCAGUGAGAGUGUUUGCCCUAUGAUUGGAAGCAAAAGGCCAAGAAAGGAUAAAAUUCAUGAUACAUUGAGGGUUCUUGAGAGUAUAAUUCCUAACUUGAAGAGCAAGAAUCCAGUGAUCAUCCUAGAUGAAGCAAUUAGUUAUCUGAAAUGUUUGAAGUACAAUGCUGAAACCAUGUCAUCGGAAGAUCCAGAUAGCUCCGGCUGCUAUGAACCUCUAAAUUGAUCGUGAUCCUCACUCCGGGAAGUGCGUGGACCCGAGUAAAGCUAGGUACUCGAAGCCAAAUGAGGAACUCCGCUUAUAAGUAAGGUUAUGUUUUGGUUUGAUGUUAUUUUCUUCCAUUGGCAUUAUUGUACAUAAUUGCCUAAUAAAAUCAUUGCACGAGGGUGCAUCGGCGAGAUCUGUGGCUCAAAUGAAAUUCCGCGGUGGUCAUAGUAGCAUGAAACGAGCCUCUCUCGUCGGCGAGUAAUUCGAUAGUAUUACCUUUUGGGUGAUCAAAAGUCCUAAAUUGAAAGCAUGGGGAUGACUAGUGCUUGGUUGUACUUGAUAAUGACCCUGGAAUUUGAAGAAAGAAAAAGAGACUAAAAUGGCUGCAUGCGCAUUAUAAGUAAUUAAGUCCCCACCCCCCUUCUCUUUCAGUGUCUUUUUUACCUCUUUCUUCUUGAGCUUUCAUUUCUUUCUUUCUCAGCCUGAAUUGAUUAGGCCCCAUCUUCUUAUAAAAUCUUGUCUUAAAGUGGUUUAUUUAGUUACUGUUAUGAGUUUGUCUGUAAUAUAGAAUUGUAUGUUGCUUUUGUGAGUAGUAUUUCAUUAUGUAUUGUAUUUCUGCUUCA